GUCCGGCAGCCUGUCGCUUGCGCGGUCGCUCGGUCCAGGUCGCUCUGUCCGGGCGAAAGGCCCGGCGGCGGGAGGCAGUAUGUCGGUGGCGGGGCUGAAGAAGCAGUUCUACAAGGCGAGCCAGCUGGUCAGCGAGAAGGUCGGAGGAGCCGAGGGGACCAAGCUUGACGAUGACUUCAAGGAGAUGGAAAAGAAAGUGGACGUCACCAGCAAGGCUGUGGUGGAGGUGCUGGCCAGAACCAUCGAGUACCUUCAGCCUAACCCAGCCUCGCGAGCCAAGCUGACGAUGCUCAACACAGUGUCCAAGAUCCGGGGCCAGGUGAAGAACCCCGGCUACCCGCAGUCCGAGGGCCUGCUGGGCGAGUGCAUGACGCGCCACGGCAGGGAGCUGGGCGGCGAGUCCAACUUCGGUGAUGCCCUGCUGGACGCAGGGGAGUCUAUGAAGCGGCUGGCUGAGGUGAAGGACUCCCUGGACAUCGAGGUCAAGCAGAACUUCAUUGACCCCCUGCAGAACCUGUGUGACAAGGACCUCAAGGAGAUCCAGCACCACCUGAAGAAGCUGGAGGGCCGGCGCCUGGACUUUGACUACAAGAAGAAGCGGCAGGGCAAGAUCCCCGACGAGGAGCUGCGCCAGGCCCUGGAGAAGUUCGAGGAGUCCAAGGAGGUGGCGGAGACCAGCAUGCACAACCUCCUGGAGACGGAUAUUGAGCAGGUGAGCCAGCUCUCGGCGCUGGUGGACGCACAGCUGGACUACCACCGGCAGGCCGUGCAAAUCCUGGACGAGCUGGCUGACAAACUCAAGCGGAGGAUGCGGGAGGCCUCGGCCCGCCCUAAGCGGGAGUUCAAGCCCAAGCCCCGGGAGUCCUACGACCUGGGUGAAGCGGAACAGUCCAAUGGGGGCUUCCCCUGUGCCACAGCACCCAAGAUCUCAGCAUCUUCAUCCUUCCGGUCUUCUGACAAGCCCAUCCGGACCCCCAGUAGAGUUAUGCCACCCCUGGACCAGCCGAGCUGCAAGGCCCUGUACGACUUUGAGCCGGAGAAUGACGGCGAGCUGGGCUUCCGAGAGGGCGACGUCAUCACGCUGACCAACCAGAUCGAUGAGAACUGGUACGAGGGCAUGCUCAACGGCCAGUCCGGCUUCUUCCCGCUCAGCUACGUGGAGGUGCUGGUGCCGCUGCCGCAGUGAUCACUCACGGGGCUCCCCUCCCUGCCCUCUCCAGGGCCGGCCCCUCAGGGUCACCCCAGGUGCUGCCCUCGGCCUGUGCUGCCUGGCCCAAGCAGGGCAGUUUACCGACCUCCCCGCACCCAACUCCACCUGGCCUGUAGGGUGGAGCCAUCUUCCUCCUACUGGCUCCGCCUCCAGCCCAGUCGGACCCCCAGGUGGGGCUGACACAAAGGUGCUCUCUGAAACACUAACUACCCCCAGCCCCCUGGGGCUUUGGUGGGCCCCUCUUCCCAGCCUGGGGCCUCCCACCUCCGUCCUCAACCCAGGGCUCACACCCUGCCUGCCCAGAGUCCCUAGUCUUAGGGGAGAAUGGGUUAUACCACACCUUUGGUUGUAAUGUCCCCCAUGAGGCUCCCUCCCCAUCCUGUUACUGAUGGGGGUCUUCUAGGGCCCCACCCUGUGCCCUGCACCCCAGGCUCCAAGCAGCAGCCACCUUCCAGGGAUGGGGGAUUUUUUGUAGCCACCCGGCCAGGGCCUCUCCCCAUCCUUUGUGCAGUCAGCUCCCUUGGGCCAUGGCCCUGGUCUGCCCCAGGCCCAGCCAGCCUCCCACUGUGUCUGUCUCAUUAACCCUCUGCAGCCCACCCAAUGCGAUUACCACCACUAUUCCCCCACCCCCCACCCCCGUAUGCCCCACUUUUCUACUUGCCCCCUUUCCUUCCCACUGCCCCAGCCAAGCACAAACAAGGGGUGUGUCUGGCUGCAGCCACUACCAGCGACACACACUUUAGCCCCCAGCACGGGACCAUGGGCCACAGCCCCCGCUCUCCCCAAGAUGGGCAAGCACAAAGGUUUCCAGGACAGGACCCUCCCUGGCGCCUGGGCCACCUCGGGAGCAGGGUCACUGCAGACUGACCCUCCAGACCAAGGAGGCCACUCUUGGGAAUCCAGAUCCCCAGAGCAGGCCCCGCCCCCUCUGCAGCCAAGGAGGUGCACAGGCUCCUCCCACACCCACAUUCCCCACCCGCUCACCGGGACCUGCCCUGUGUCCCUGGCCUUUGCCGGACACAGGCACCCUUGGAAGCAACGUCUAGCCACCCAGGGCACAUUGAAACGGAACCCUGGUUUUUAAAAAAGUAUUAAAUGUCUCUUUGUACACAC